CUCUCUCUUUCUCUAUUCACUCUUAACAAUUUUGCCCUAAAUCUUCUCAUCGCCUCCGUUUCCCUCUUUUCUUUUUCCUUCGAUUUUUCAUUUUGAUUCUUUUUCCGAUCGACUAGAAGAGCUAUGGCCGGUAAAGGAGAGGGUCCGGCGAUCGGAAUCGAUCUUGGGACGACGUACUCUUGCGUCGGAGUUUGGCAGCAUGACCGUGUUGAGAUUAUUGCCAACGACCAGGGCAACCGGACGACGCCGUCGUAUGUUGCUUUCACCGACUCCGAGCGCCUGAUCGGUGAUGCGGCCAAGAAUCAGGUCGCCAUGAACCCUAUCAACACCGUCUUCGAUGCGAAGCGUCUAAUUGGUAGAAGAUUUAGCGAUUCAUCGGUCCAGAGUGAUAUUAAGCUCUGGCCAUUCAAAGUUAUCCCCGGUGCCGGUGACAAGCCCAUGAUUGUGGUGAACUACAAGGGUGAGGAGAAGCAGUUUUCGGCGGAAGAAAUCUCUUCUAUGGUGCUCAUUAAGAUGAAGGAGAUUGCUGAGGCGUAUCUGGGCACAACGGUGAAGAAUGCCGUUGUCACUGUCCCAGCCUACUUUAACGAUUCACAGAGACAGGCCACCAAAGAUGCUGGUGUCAUCUCAGGCCUAAACGUGAUGCGUAUCAUCAAUGAACCAACUGCUGCCGCCAUUGCUUAUGGUCUUGACAAGAAGGCUACCAGCUCCGGUGAGAAGAAUGUUCUAAUUUUUGAUUUGGGUGGUGGUACUUUUGAUGUUUCACUGCUCACGAUCGAGGAAGGUAUUUUUGAGGUGAAGGCAACGGCAGGUGACACCCAUCUUGGUGGUGAGGAUUUUGAUAACAGAUUGGUUAAUCACUUCGUGCAGGAAUUUAAGAGAAAGAACAAGAAAGACAUUAGUGGGAAUCCCAGGGCUCUUAGGAGAUUGAGAACUUCUUGUGAGAGGGCGAAGAGGACUCUCUCUUCCACAGCUCAAACUACAAUAGAGAUUGAUUCUCUGUACGAGGGAAUCGACUUCUAUUCAACCAUUACCCGUGCUAGAUUUGAGGAACUCAACAUGGACCUUUUCAGGAAGUGUAUGGAACCCGUUGAGAAGUGCUUGAGAGAUGCUAAGAUGGACAAGAGCAGUAUUCAUGACGUGGUUCUUGUUGGUGGCUCUACUAGGAUUCCCAAGGUGCAGCAGUUGUUGCAGGAUUUCUUCAAUGGCAAAGAGCUUUGCAAGAGUAUCAACCCUGAUGAAGCUGUGGCCUACGGAGCUGCAGUCCAGGCCGCCAUUCUGAGCGGCGAGGGCAACGAGAAGGUUCAGGAUCUGUUGCUUCUGGAUGUCACCCCUCUGUCCCUUGGACUGGAAACGGCUGGUGGUGUGAUGACUGUCCUAAUUCCAAGGAACACCACCAUCCCCACCAAGAAGGAACAAGUUUUCUCUACCUACUCCGACAACCAACCCGGAGUUUUGAUCCAAGUCUAUGAAGGAGAGAGGGCAAGAACCCGUGACAACAACUUGCUAGGAAAAUUUGAGCUCUCUGGAAUCCCUCCGGCCCCUAGAGGUGUUCCUCAAAUUACCGUCUGCUUCGAUAUUGAUGCCAAUGGUAUCCUGAAUGUUUCUGCGGAGGAUAAGACCACCGGCCAGAAGAACAAGAUCACAAUUACCAACGACAAGGGGCGGUUGUCGAAGGAGGAGAUUGAGAAGAUGGUCCAGGAAGCAGAGAAAUACAAGGCCGACGAUGAAGAGCACAAGAAGAAGGUUGAAUCCAAGAACUCGCUGGAAAACUAUGCGUACAACAUGAGGAACACUGUGAGGGAUGAGAAGUUUAGCUCUAAACUGGACCCAGCAGACAAGAAGAAGAUCGAGGAUGCGAUCGAGCAGGCGAUCCAAUGGCUGGACAACAACCAACUUGCAGAGGCGGACGAGUUUGAAGACAAAAUGAAGGAGCUGGAGAACAUUUGCAACCCAAUCGUUGCCAAGAUGUACCAGGGUGCUGGUGGUGCCGGCGGCAUGGGCGGUGCUGGCAUGGAUGAUGACGAUGUUCCCCCACCAGCAGGCGGCAGCGGCGCUGGUCCCAAAAUUGAGGAAGUCGACUAAAUAUGCUUUUUUCUGUUUGAUUCAAUUUAGGUUCGAGGCGAUGGAGUACUGUUUCUUCUAUGCAUCAUAUAUUUUGGGUUUUUUCUUUCCGACCGAUUUUAGCAGUUUUUGUUUGAACAAUUUUUAUCCAUUGCCAUUAGUAUACAAUGCUUGAUGUUUUCUCUGUUCCA